AUGGCCCUUUAUUGCUGGGUGCAAAAGAAAGGAAAAAACAGGGCUGUUGCAACUAGAAGUGAGAGUCUUAGGGUUGCUAAUAGGGCUGAUUUGGUUCAAGAGCCUAUGCAAAAGAUGGUUGUUAGUGACCAGUCAAUGGAAGUUGUUGAGAAAGGAACAAUCUACGGAGGAUUCGUCUUCCACCUCCUCCCUAGAGCAGCACAAGUCGAGUAUGGAGGAAUCUUCUAUGGCUUCCUUGCUUAUAUCACUUUCAUCCAACUGAUCAAUGCAAUUGGAGAACAAUCACUUGCCCAUCCUCUUCCUUACCUCACUGAAAGGGCUUCCCCAAGGGCUCUUCAUAAAGUGGAGUGCAACGAAGAGUUGAGGAGUUUAAACAAAGAGUUGCUCGGCCUCUUGUGA